CUCCCUUUACCCAAUACCGGCCUCUUUAAUCGUGGUUCUCAGAGAGGCGAAGAUCAUCUCGUCUAAAAGUAGCAAACCCAAGGCUUACAAUGGGAAAGGAAAAGACUCACAUCAACAUCGUCGUCAUCGGUCACGUAGAUUCUGGAAAAUCUACUACCACUGGCCAUUUGAUCUACAAAUGCGGUGGAAUCGAUAAACGAACCAUCGAAAAAUUCGAAAAGGAAGCCAAUGAGAUGGGAAAAGGCUCCUUCAAGUAUGCUUGGGUGUUAGACAAGCUCAAGGCUGAAAGAGAACGCGGUAUCACCAUUGACAUUGCUCUCUGGAAAUUUGAAACUGAGAAGUAUUAUGUCACCGUCAUUGAUGCCCCUGGUCAUCGUGACUUUAUCAAGAACAUGAUUACUGGUACUUCACAGGCUGAUUGUGCUGUAUUGAUUGUUGCUGCUGGCACUGGUGAGUUUGAGGCUGGUAUUUCGAAGAAUGGCCAAACCCGUGAGCAUGCCCUGUUGGCAUACACUUUAGGAGUAAAGCAGCUAAUUGUUGCUGUAAACAAGAUGGACUCCACUGACCCCAAGUACAGUGAGGCACGUUUUGGUGAAAUUCAAAAGGAAGUCAGUGGCUAUGUCAAGAAAGUUGGCUAUAAUCCCAAAGCUGUGGCAUUUGUUCCUAUUUCUGGUUUCCAUGGUGACAACAUGAUUGAACCAAGUAGUAAUAUGAGCUGGUUCAAGGGAUGGUCAGUUGAGAGGAAAGAUGGAAAUGCCAGUGGAAAAACCCUCUUUAAUGCCCUGGACUCGAUUUUGCCACCAGAGCGCCCCGUUAAGAAAGCUUUACGUCUGCCAUUGCAGGAUGUUUACAAGAUUGGAGGUAUUGGAACAGUGCCAGUUGGCAGAGUGGAAACUGGUGUCCUGAAGCCAGGCGUGGUAGUGACAUUUGCUCCUGUUAACAUAAGUACUGAAGUUAAGUCUGUGGAAAUGCAUCAUGAAUCUCUGGCAGAAGCUCUCCCUGGUGACAAUGUUGGCUUCAAUGUGAAGAAUGUGUCUGUUAAGGAAAUAAAACGUGGAUAUGUUGCUGGUGAUAGCAAAAAUGAUUGCCCGAAGCAGGCUGCUAGCUUUAAUGCCCAGGUUAUUGUCCUAAACCACCCAGGAGAAAUCCAUGCAGGCUACAGUCCAGUGCUGGAUUGCCAUACUGCCCAUAUUGCUUGCAAGUUUGCAGAACUUCUCGAGAAGAUUGAUCGUCGUACUGGCAAAAAGUUGGAAGACAACCCCAAAAUGAUCAAGUCAGGAGAUGCCUCUAUAGUCAAGAUGGUGCCAUCCAAGCCAAUGUGUGUGGAAAAAUUCUCAGAGUAUGCUCCGCUUGGACGCUUUGCUGUACGUGACAUGAAGCAGACAGUAGCUGUGGGCGUCAUCAAGGAGGUGGACAAAGCUGAGGCGUCCGGUGGCAAGGUUACAAAGGCAGCCCAGAAAGCCGGCAAGAAAAAAUGAAAUUCACUACACCAUCUUAAUUAUAAAAGACUUCUCCGCUUGCAAGUCAAUCACGCUGUAGUAGUCGAAUGGCUUCUUUCCUAUCUAUUUCAUCGCAAGUCUGUGCGAAGGCGGAGACUGUUUUUAAAAUGUGAAGGUUUAACUUUUACUUGCUAGGAAUAAAAUCAAUAAAACGUUCUGUUGUA